GAAGAAGAACUCCUCCCAGUCAGUCAGUUAGCUGUUAGCUUGUUGUCACAAACAGAUCGAUAAUCAGUUCUCCUCGAUACAAACAUCGUUAUUAGCUUUAUAUCUUCCGUUUGCUUCACUCAAGAAAACGUCGCAAGCGUUUCUCCUCCCAUCAUGUCUCACAACUACCCGUACAGACGCCGGCUGUCUGACUCCUCCGAUCUCAGACCCGAUCCUGUACCUUACAGCUCUUCAGAUCGCCACCACGCCUCGCCAGACUUUUACAGGCCGCCUCAGGAGUCCUUCUCCGCAUCGUCAUCCUCCGCCUCCUCCAGAGGAACUCAGUGGAACCAGGACGGCGCCCUCAGCAUCCUGAGCAGCUGCGGUCUGGAGCCCAGCGACCUGGCUCUGCUGGCCGAGCUGCCCGAAGACGUCCUCACCAUCGAGUCCCUGCCUCAAGUCCUCAACCAGAUCAAAGGAAAGAGGGGCACCAUCAAACCUUUCCUUUCCAGCACUCAUUCUUCCUCCUCUUCCUCCCCUUACCCUCACAGCUCUGCACAUCGACCCGCCUCUAACCCCUCCUUCUCCUCCUCAUCCUGGGAUCAUCCUCACAACCAGCCCAUCCAGUACCCGCUGGACCAGGUAACUCCCAGUCCUCUUUCAGCUGACACAGACCGCUGGGGGAAUCCCAGGACCAGCACCUGUGUCAGAGCAGACCCACCAUCAUCUUCAUCUUCCAGCUACGGGGUGGACUUCCACCACAGAUCCAGACCCUCUGAGUAUGGUAAGACAGGCAGAGACACCGGUCUUGUUUCCUCUCAGGAUUUUAACCACAGACCAGGACCCUCUGAGUAUGGUAAGACAUGCGGAGACACUGGUCUGGUCUCCUCUCAGGACUUUAACCACAGACCAGGACCCUCUGAGUAUGGUAAGACAGGCAGAGACCCCGGUCCGGUCUCCUCUCAGGACCGAAGCAAAAGAACUCGUCCUUCCCGUUUCUCUCAGCCGGGACCAGCUGAUUACAGGUCUGCUCCUCUUCCUGACGCAAACCAUACGAGAACCUGCGGGGGACAUCGUGAGUCCGAGACCUUUUCUGUCAGGAGCCGACCGGCCGCCUUGAUGCCCUCCAACAAAGAAGCUCUGGACUUCCACGGGACGUCUCCGCCGGUGUUCCCGUACUCGUGCUCUUUGUGUGAUAUCACUGUGAUGUCAGAGAAGGUGUGGAUCAAACAUAUAAACGGCACUCAGCAUGCAGACGGACAGCUCAGCUUGCUGCAGCAAUUUCCUAACUGGGACUGUCGCAUGGAGACAAUCAGCAGGGCUGACAGCCAACCAGAAAGAGGGAAGGAUGAAGGAAACUCGGGUCGGCAGCCCCAGACAGCCAAUCACAACUCCAAGCAACCACCAAACAUACAGCCUCAUAAGAAGGCCUCAGAGAAAGCUAAAAGUAAAGUGGUGUGUGUCAAGUUUCCGGCUCAGUCUGUGGAUGAGGCGUACCUGAGGAAACUGACCGAGCCGUUCGGAAAGAUUGUCAAGAUCCUCAUGUUCCCGUCGUUAGCGUUCGUGGAGCUGGGAUCCAUCGAUCAGGCGAAGGACUUAGUGAAGUUCCACGUCAACUAUCCUCCAACUGUAAAUGGAGAGCAGAUAGAGUUCAGGCUGUCCAACACUUUCAGCUUCCUCCAGAGUUCUCGGGUGGUGAGUUUCACUCCGGCUCCGUCGGGAGAGAACGGCCAAUCAGAUCUGAUCAGCAUCGUCAAACGCUUCGGCGAGCCGCUCUACACCCUGUUCCUGCCGUCUAAGGCGUUUGUGGAGAUGAAAAACACUCCUGAUGCUCAGAAGCUGGUGGAUUAUUAUUCCUCCAACACUCUGAGGAUCGACGGCGACUCCAUCAAAGUUUCCUUCUCCGGAGAGUACAAGAGCCUCAUGCGGGUCGCAGCGGCUAAAAAGUACCAAGAGGAGUCGACGAAGAGUUCCAGCCGAGAGAAAGAAGACAAGACAGCAGAACCCAAGCGGAGGAGCAGUAAAGACCGCGAAGAGUCCAGCAGAGAGAGGAAGACCAGAACCAGGUCUAGAUCCAAAGAUAAAUCCAGCAGAGACAGGAGGACCAGAACCAGGUCCAGAUCCAGAGAAAAGUCCUCAAAAGAGAAACCAGCAAGGUCCAGGUCCAGAGAUAAAUCCAGUAGAAACAGGAGGACCAGAACCAGGUCCAGAGAGAAAUCUAGAGAAAAGUCCAGCAGAGAGAAGAUGUCCAGGUCCAGAGGAACGGUGGUGGUACCAGAGAAAACGAAGCCGACGGUCACUGAGUCCAGGACUGAUCCUGAUCCAGUUUCUGAUCCAGCUUCUGAUCCAGCUCCUGAUCCAGCUCCUGAUCCAGCUCCUGAUCCAGUUCCUAAUCCAGCUCCUAAUCCAGCUCCUGUCAGAGACUCCAAACCUGAAGCUGAAGAAGAAGAAGAAGAAGAAGAGAUGGAGGAGGAAGACGAGUCGUCUGCAGACGAGAGCGACAUCGAGGGGAUGGAGGUGAUUGGAGAGGAUGUUGAGAACCUGGAUGAGGAAGAGGAGGAGGAAGAGGAGGAAGCUGCAGAGAGAACAGACUCACCUGAAGGAGGUGAGGAGGAGGAGGUGAAGGAUGAAGAGGCUGAUGAUCAGCAGGAGACCGUAAUGGAGGAGGAGGAGGGAGCCAUAAAAGAGGGAGAGGAGAAGGAGGUGUGUGGGAUGAAGAAGGAGGAGGAAGAAUCGGAGACGCAGCAGGAGAAGGACGAGGAGGAACCAGGUUUCCCAGUGGACCUGGAGAACUGCAUCACUCUGGAUGAACUGGAGGAGGAGCAGUCUGAGGACCCAGAUGAAGUCGGAGACGGAGACGGACCAGGAGAAUCCACCCGGGUGGUGUACUUCAGGAACCUCCCUCUGCGGUCAUACAGCAACGCUGACUUCCUCAGGCUGGUGAGAGAUUUUGGGACGGCGGUGCGGUACUUCCACAAACCUCCGAGCUGUGGUUUCAUUGAGAUGUCGUCAUCCUCGGAGGCUCUGAGAGCCGUUAAAGAGCUGUGCAGGACACCCGUCACCUUCCACGGCUCCAGACUGGUCGCCCAGAUCUCCAACAAGUACAGAAGACUCACAGAUGGGUGGGAGGUUCAACCGGACCAGAACUCGGACGAGCGCAGGAGUCGAAGCAGCAGCAGGAGGAGCGAGAGACCAGACAGGGACGAGUCCAGCAGGAAGUCUGAGGGGGGAAAGGAGUCCUCAAAGCAGGCUCCAGAGAAGACUCAAAAGGAGUCCAAUAAGAAGUCUUCAGAAAGGGAGUCCAGAGAUUCUCCAAAGAGGAAAUCAUCAGAAAAAAAGACUCCAGAGGACAAGGAGAGUCUAAAAAGUGACCCCAAAAACAUGGAACCAGACUGCAGAAACGAGUCACAGACCUCCAAAAAGAGUUGUUCGGAGAACGAGUCAUAUGACAAUAAGAGUCUAGAAAAUGACCCCAAAAAUGUGUCGGAGACAAUAUCCAGAAAGUCUCCAGAAAAGGAAUCAGUCAGCAAAGACGAGUCAGAAAACAUCUCCAGAGUGACUCCAGAGAACGAGUCGUAUGACAAAAAGAGUCGGGAAAAAAACCCCAAACACAUGUCAGACAAGGACCUGGCUGCCAGAAACUCAUCAGAAAAAACCUGCAGAACAACAGCAGAGUCGGCCAAUAACAAGAGUCCAGAGAGAGAGUCCGAGUCCAGGAAGAGUCCAGAGAGAGAGUCCGAGUCCGAGAAGAGUCCAGAGAGAGAGUCCGAGUCCAGGAAGAGUCCAGAGAGAGAGUCAGAGUCCGAGAAGAGUCCAGAGAGAGAGUCCGAGUCCGAGAAGAGUCCAGAGAGAGAGUCCGAGUCCAGGAAGAGUCCAGAGAGAGAGUCCGAGUCCAGGAAGAGUCCAGAGAGAGAGUCUGAGUCCGAGAAGAGUCCAGAGAAAGAAUCUGAAACUAGGACGAGUCCAGAGAAGAUGUUGAGAAAAAGAAGAGAGACUGGUGAGAAGGAUUCGGUGCCUGAGAAGAAGAAAAAGAAGAAGGAGUCGGCGAGGGACGAAACUGAAAUAAAAACAGAGCUGGAGGCGACUGAAGCUCCAGAGGAGGAAAAGAUGGAGAUCAGUGAGGAGACUUGUGGACCAGGACUGAAGGAUUCAGAGAGUUCGGAUCAACCAGACUUUACUGGAGAUCCUCCGAAACCACAAACUGCACAGAAACCUGCUGAUGAGCUGCAGGACUCUGAGGACCACAUGGAGGAACAGUCUGGACCUGCAGGGGGCGCCGCAGAGCCGCAGAGACCCACCAAACCCACCAAACCCACCAAACCCGUCGGUGAGAAAGUCCACCAGGAAGUUCAGUCAGCUGCCAUCGCAUCACUUCCUGUUCGAGAAACUUUCAAAUUAUUAGUGUGUAGUGUUAGUGUGUAUGUGCAGUGUGUAGUGUGCGUUCACUGUCCUCUCAUCGUGUGGUUUUUCUCUGCAGGAACUGAGUUUGUUCGACCGGUCGUUGGUUAUUUCUGUAACCUGUGUCAGCUGAUCUACGCCGACGAGGACGAAGCCAAACUGCAGCACUGCAGCAGCCCCGCCCACUACAGGAAGUACCAGGUGAGCUUCCUGUCACACUACAGGAAGUACCAGGUGAGCUUCCUGUCACACUACAGGAAGUACCAGGAGAAGACGGGGAAAGAUCCGUGGGCGAGCUGCAGGUGAACAGACAUCAUGUGACCUACAGACUGAUGAGCGUUUCUACCCAGAAGCCUUUGAGGGAGCUCUGAACCUGUAACAGGAACAUUAAAGCUGCUCAUUGCACA